UAACACAUUUUAUAUAUUUGUUAAGUGAUCAGUAAAAGUCGACUAUUUUUAAAUGUUCGUAUUUUCUUUUGGGAACAGAGAAUUUGAAUAAUUUUAACGAUAUUAACCUCGAUAUUUAUUUAAUUAGAAAUAAACAGUAAUAGGUGCCCUGUAAAUAUACCCGAACAAAUAAAUUUGUAAUUAAAACAAUGAAAUUUGUUUUCACCUAAAAGGUGUAUACAUUAAACCGCUUUAUUUUGCUGCAUAAACUCCCUUUUGCACGCAGCCGGUUUUGAUUAUUUUUUUACAAGUUAUUUGAUGUUUCUAGUUUAAACGAUAUCGAUUAUCGUUUUGUUCUAAUUUUAAAAUAAAAUCACCAUAUUUCCGCAGCAAUGCCAAUGUCCCAAAGACAUUAAAACCUGACAAUGGCAAAUGCAAUUAACAAUAUAAUAUUCAUUGCCAUUACAACAAAUAAAACCUGGGACGGCAGUUUGAAUAGAUAUUUUUAAAUUUAACUAACGUCAAUCGUAACAAAGGUAAACAAGAAAUCUUCUCCAAAUAAAUAAAUCGAAAUUGCCCAGAUUUCUCAGCAAGAAUUUAAAUGCACGUGGUUUUAGCGACUGUAAUAGACAAACAAAAGCCAAUUAAACGGCAAUUUAAAAUUAUCAUUCCGAAACCUUGGAAUCAUUAAAAAUAAAUUAAACAAAAAAAAAUCGCAAGUGAAUAUUUUCUUGUAUAAAUACAACAUCUAAUGUGCAAAAUGUAGUCGAGUUUCAACUUGUCAGCAGAGAUGUUUUUGAAAACGGCCGCUUUGCUGUUGAUUUUGAACGUAACUAUAGCGUCGAUGCAAUCCGACCAACGGUGGACCAACUUUAAGGCCGACGAAAAUAAAUUUUAUCCAAACGCCGCGGAAGACGCGAGACGCUUUGAUAUCUACCAAAAUAAUCUCGGGUUCAUUAAUAACCACAACGCCCAGUAUGAAAGGGGCCAAACUACGUACAGGGUACGCGCCAACCCCUUCGCCGAUCUCACAAGGGACGAAUAUAGAAGAUAUUCCCUUGGAUUUAACGGCUGAUAAUCGUAUAUCAACAAUGAAUAUAUUUGUGUAUUAAAACUUAGGGGUUAAUUGCAAUAAACAAUAAAUAUUCGGGAGUCUUCAUCCAUGCUUACUUCCAUUAAUAGAUUAAAAAGUCUAAAAUAAUAA